AUGGCUUUCGGCCUUCUUAUUGGCUUCCUUCUUUGCUUCGUAGGCGGCUCUCUGCUAAGCGUUGUUCUCUUAUUCAAGAAUGUUUACUUGCUUGGGAAAAACGGGCACGUUUCCUUUUGGCGGACAACAGUGUCUCUCCUCAGUCUCCUCUUCAGCAUCUAUCAAGCAGGAUUGUCAAUAGCGGGCAUCGUCGCCAUCGCGAUCGAAUUCAUCGCAGACACUGAGCCCCAUUGGCUCGACCCCAUCAUCCUGUGUACGCUUCAGCUGUCCUUCGCUACCACUCUUACCUGGACUCUCCGGGGUCUCGAUCUUCCGCACUGGGCUAUAUGGCUAACCCAUAGUCACAUCGUCUUCCUUACACCUACUAUUGCCUUCCCGACAACUUCGUUUACGAGUACGCACUACUCUCAUGCCUCAUCAUGGCAUCAUUUGCGUCAAUAG